UUUUAUAAAGGAAAUGCGCAGUGCUGAGCUCGACAGAGGGGGUGCGCUCUGCGGGUCAGAAACAACUCACCGGACCAGGAUUAAAUCCACCCCAUCAGGCCUAAAAACUUCAUAUUUCCACCAAAUCCGCGCUGACUUCAAGCUUACAUCAUGGCUGCUGCCAUCGUCUCUGCGUUCUUUGAUUACGACGAAGUGCUGAGCAAAAACACCAAGAUGCUCAACUUCAACAACACCUUCAGUGGCCCCCCCUCUAGCGCAGGUGUCCCCCCCAGCCCCCCUCCCACCGGCCCCCUGCUGGACAGAUGGGCUGUGGGCUCUCCCCCCUCCUCCUCCUCCUCCUCUUCCUCCUCCUCCUGCUCCUCGGCCGGGGGAAUCCACCAGCGGCGGCACUCUGCCAACGCCCUGAGCCUGCCACCACCCCCGGGUGCUCGUGACCCGCGCCUACGGGAGCGUUGCUACUCUGAGACGGGUGACCGUCUUCGGGCCCCUGGGGCUGGCGGUGGAGGUGGAGGCACCCUGGCUACCAUCGCUGCGGCGUCGGGCCUCGGGCCGGUCAACUCCAGCCGCUACAAGACGGAGCUGUGCCGCCCGUUCGAGGAGCACGGCGCUUGCAAGUAUGGCGAGAAGUGCCAGUUCGCCCACGGGCACCAGGAGCUGCGUAGCCUCAGCCGCCACCCCAAGUACAAGACAGAGCUGUGCCGCACCUUCCACAGCAUCGGCUUCUGCCCGUACGGCCCGCGCUGCCACUUCAUCCACAACGCCGAGGAGCGCUGCGGCCCCGUGCCCCCCAACAGCGGCACUGGACGCAUGCCACCACCCCCCACCCGUCCGCGCCUGCAGCACAGCCUCAGCUUCGCCGGCUUCCCCAGCGCUCCGUCCCUGACCCCCCCGCCCAGCCUGGCGGCCGACUGGCCCAGCAGCGACCCCUUCGCCCUCCCCAGCCAGGAGCUGGCCCAGCUGUUUGGCUCUGGCCUGGCCGACCCCCCGGUGCUGCGCCUGCCCACCGUGCCCUGCCCCCCCGACUCGCUGUCCGACCAGGAGGGCUACCAGAGCAGCCUGGGGAGCCACAGUGGCUCCGAGUCACCCGUGAUGGACGCCGCGCGUCGCCUGCCCAUCUUCAGCUGGCUCUCUAUCUCCGACGACUAGAGGGAGCGAGGCAAAGAAUGAAAGAGAGAGAGAGAAUGAAAGAGAAAAUGAAACAGAGAGAGAGAGAGAGAGAGAGCACUUUCCCCCCCGUUCUCCCGCCACCCCUGACCUUGUUUACAGAUGACAGAAGGACAGAGAGGUGCAGUGUUGUUGUAGCCAUCACGUCCAAUCAGGCAGUCCAAACCUACCCCGUCACCCCAUCCCAGCCACUACCCUUGCCCCAGGUCCCCCUCUUUCUGAAGCCCCCCCCCCAUCUAUCGCUGAAGACUCUACUGGCCACAAGGGUCCUAUCCUCUCCUUUGUUUAUGGACGGCAACAAGUGACAAUGAGAUCACGAUCCCAGUGUCACGUCAUUCUGGUGCCAAACUGAGUGCAGCCUAGAGGAGAGGAAGAGUGUCAGAGGUCCAUGUAGUCUCAUACCCUGUGUGUGUGUUUGUUCUUGUGUAAGAAAAAUGUCUGUGUGGGUGGGUGUGUGUGUGUGAGUGUGUGAGUAUCAUUAGUGCCACUGUCCUCCAUGGCCCCUUAGUUCAGCUGAUUGGUAAACCAAGAGGAACCAUGGAGAAACAUCAAGUGCCUUGAACUACCCAUUCCUCUGACACAAAUGUGUUUGUGUCUGUGUCUGUGUCUGUGUGUGUGUGUGUGUGUGUGUGUGUGUGUGUGUGUGUGUAAGGAUUACAUGGACCAGCACAGCAUAUCCAUCCUCUCCUGGCCAUUUUGGGAAUACACACAUGCAAGCACAAACACACACACACACAACACAACACAACACACACACACAGACUUCUUGAAUUUCCUUUUAAACUCACCUGGAAGAUUCACGAAAAAUAAAGAAUCUUCGGUGCUAUGUUUGCCAUCACCUCGGCAACAAUCCCUAAAGUAUGUGAUGCCUUAUACUAAAAGCUAUACACUAGUAAAUUGUUUUGAAAGAUAUUUAAUUUAAUUGCAAUGGGGAAGGAAAGUUGGAUGUGAACCAAGUUCAACCUAAAGUCAUCCAUUAGGCCUCAUUUAUAUCCCUCUUUUGCCUCUAAAGUUGUGAUUUCUCCCACUGCUGUCUGUGGCCCAGAAAAAAAAAAAGAUAAUCCUAUGACAUUCCUCCCUAUGCCACCACAUAAUACUCUAAUACUAUCAGUACUAUAUUAUUAUUAUUAUUAUUAUUGUUGUUAUUAUUAUUAUUAUUAUUAUUAUUAUUAUUAUUUUGUUCAGAAGAACUUUUGGACGCAAGGUUUUGCUUGUCACUGCUUAUUUAACUUAUCAAAAUGUAUUUAUUGCUGAUUGUAUGCGUUUUUAUUUUGUUUGUAUUUAUCUGGAUCAUGACAAUAGAAUAUAUUUUUUCUUUUAUGUUAAAUUAUGAUCUUCCGUAUCAAGAUUGACCUGCUUUUGUUUUUAUUUUUUCACAGUUAAUAUAUUAUACUGCAAUGACAUUUUGUAACUACACUUUGAUUUUAUUUUAAAGUGAAUCUUAAUUUAAAAACAGAAUGCAAUAUUUAUUCUUUGCAUCCCUCGAGGCGGACUGCAGUUUGAGGUUCUGUUUUGUGUCACUGUCAUACCCGUGCUAUCAAUGGUUUGCCUUGACAAUACGUCCUAUUCCUGAAUGCAAUUGCCUUGAGUGGGGCAGACCAAUCAAAGGUGUGAUUGUAAAACAUCCCCCUCCAUGAGAACCAAUCAACUCCGCCCAUACCAGUUGAGCAGUUAUGAAUGUAUCUGUGAUAUAACCCCUUUCCCACUCCCUUGUAAAAGUCCAAUCAGGGACUUUGACCAGAACACUGAAUGUAGUUUACUCUUGUAUUUAGUUAACCUUGAAAUUUCUGUAAGCUACAUUCAUCCUCUACUUGACAUAAGCGUGAAGUUAUUGUUAAUUAGCAGGAAGAAAUCAUGUCUUCUAAAGCUCUCAAAUGGGUCUUUUUAAACAUGAAAUUUAGCAUCAGACUUUACUAUGAUUUUAACAGAUUGAAACACAGUAGAACAAGCUAAUGACUUUCCUUUGUAAUUUUGAUGAUGUAGUACAUCUGAUCUGGCCCACCCUCAGCAGCUGUUAAGUGCCUACCAACACAUUCCAGUGGCCACUUUUUACUGUGCCUUUAUAUAAAUUUUGUAAUUCAGAGCUGGUUAAUAAUUUCUAGUUGAUGAGAAUAAGGUUUACAACAUUGACAUUAAAAAAAGUACCUGUUGAAUGUCUUUGUUCUGCAACAGUUGCUGUUCACCACACAAAUUAAUUCCUUUCAUAUUUUUGUAGUGACAGAUUGCAGUUUAAGACCAAUAAAAUACAUAUUUCUAAAAAUAAAA